AUGAAGCACAUAGGGAUUGCUCUAGCCGUAGCUAGUCUUGCUGAAAGCAUCGGCGCUCAUGUCUUGAAGCCGAUGUACAGUAGACUGGCAUCAGACCUCGAAGUUACGCUGGCUCCGGUCGAAGCUGGCGGGGCUGCGGAGUUGAUUGCGACUGUUAAGAACGUCGGUUCUGUAGAUCUCAACCUGUUAAAAGUCGGCACUAUUUUGGAUGAGGUGUUGCCUGUUCAAAAAGUAACAGCGGUGAAUGAAGCGGGUAUCGAGGCCCCAUUUAGAGGAAUCCAUGCCAGCAUUAAAUACGAUGCUCUCAAACUCGAGAAUUUCCACCUCCUGAAGGUUUUGGAGUCAGUUAGCACUGUUAUCAGCGCGGCCACCGUGCAUGACUUCACCGAGUCCGGAACGCAUACGUUUUCAACUACAGGACUCUUACCAGUAGCACCAGCUGGUUCUACUCAGUUAUCCGGUCCCGCUUUGAUCUAUCAAUCGAACAACAUCAGCUUGUACGUUGAUUCGAAAGCGGCAGCGGCCGUGCCCCUAGCUUUAAGCUCCAACCCCCUCGAAGAGCGCACGAACGUCCAAGAUGGCUGCAAUGCCACUCAACUAGCCGCAAGCACAGCAGCCCUAGCGAACUGCGAAACAUUAGCCCUUGCUGCUGCUGCCGAUGCCGCGGACUCUUCGUCCGCACGCUUCGUCGAGUACUUCAAGACCAACUCAUCGACAACGCGACAGACUGUAACGGACCGAUUAAAGGCCGCAGCAAAGGAGUGCUCGACUACAGACUCGGGUCCCUCUCGAUACUUUUGCUAUGACUACUACAACUUAUGCGAAACCGAAGGACCUCUAAACGCGUACACAAAAUUCGACUUUGACUUUGUGAUUAUGUGCCCACUAUUCUAUGAUACCCUCCCGCCUCUACCACAAGCAUGUCACCACCAAGACCAAGCCACCACGACGAUCCACGAGAUGACGCACUGCGAGGAUGUAUUCAGUCCUCACACCAAUGACUUUGUUUACGGGUAUAAUGAGAGUUCCGCGCUGCCUCCUGAAAAGGCGCUUUUGAACGCGGAUAAUUAUUCGCUGUAUGCGAAUGCUGUUUAUAUGAAAUGUUAA